AACACUAUGCCUGUCGGAGAUGCAGCGAAGAAGCUGUUUAUGUACAACAGGGAGAAUUGGAAGUUCAACACUGAGCUCCGACAGAAGAACAUUUAUCAACAGCAGAAGAUGCGUGUGAGGCAGGUCGAUCUCUACCGUCAGGACCUGCGGGACCUUUUCGGCCUCACCAUACUAAAAAUGGACAACUACCUGAUAAUGAAUACGAUACUACUGGUGCUGACAAUAGAGAUGUUCUACAAGGGUCGGGCCCCCGAGUUGACUCCAAACUGGCUCUUCUGGCCGUAUGCUAUCACUAUGGGCGCUGCUAUAGUCAAUCUCGCACUGUCUAUAUGGCUAUCGCUGCAUGCAUCCGUGUACGCCCAAGUCUUCAGCGUUCGCUCUCUCACACAGUGGCUUCGUUUGCCCGUCCCCAGUGCGCAAGAAGUAGCCGAUGGUGCCGCCCGCCUGAAGGACUUCGAAAGCAACGGAGUGACAUCAUUUCUGCGAGUGCCGGUAAUUUUAGAACAAGUUAGAGAUAAAGCGCACACUGAUCUCCCGGAACCUCUCCGAACUAAGCCGUCGAGUCUGGCCAAUGGCACGCCCGAAAAAGGCGUCCGCGACCUGACAACAGACUGGGAGGUCUUCUUGGCUCACUUCAACCUCUUUAACUUAAUGCAUGCGAAAUGGCAGGGACACGAGGCGUACUCGAGAGUCACUAUGUGCUGGGGUACCAAUCAGAUGUUAUUCGCCUUCGCCUACUUCACGCUCGCCUUCUACGGCGUCUUUUUCGGAAACAGAAUAGCAGCAUACGCUUUUGUACUCAUCAUGACAGUAUGCUCCUACAUCCAUAUUGGUGUCAAUACUGUGCUUUCCGACCGAGAGAGAAUCGUCAUGAUGACCCUUUCAUUUGGUGCGGUCGUCACACAAAGCGUCGCUGUGGGUUGGCAUGAUAUCAAUGUUAGUAUUCUGCAAACGAGUGAGCGGAGCGAAGUCGUGGUUUUGGUCACUUCUCCAGCGGAAAUCUGGAUAGGAAUCAGUGGUGUGGUUCUGUCUAUGUUUUGGCAGGCAUUUUUCAUUUACCUCUGUCAGCGAGAUGCCGAUGGUCUACCGUAUAAGUUCUCUACUGUGUGGUGUAUUGACGUGUUGGGCUUCGGUGUGGAGGCCAUACAGGAGGUUGCCGAGCCGAUGGCCCAGCCUAGACUCAGUGAGAAAGGGCAUUUGAAAUUGCCGAGUAUUCCCAUGGGAGGUCCAUCGAAUGACUAUCGCACUGCGAGGGAUUAUGAUGAAGUAUUGCCGUUCGUGGCAGCAGAGGCGGAUGACGGGUGUCGCGAAUAUGACAUUUCGGAGGAGUUGCGGAGGGCCUGUAGACGAUGUGAGAGGAGCCUUGAUCGCCUCUUUCGUUAUUGGGAUGCUCAGCGACAGGACUUGUCCAAUGAAGACAAGAGCAAGCUAGACGAGUUGAAGUCACAAUUCGAAGUCCAGCGUAUAGCCUUGGCAGCUGCCCUAGAGGCUGAGCAGGGGCGUGGUGACGCGACGCCGGGCACGCCCUUCAACCCAGUGGGAGGCUGGGUUACUCUGGAGCACGUUACGGAGACAGGGGAAACGUUACCGUAUCAUUUAAACACUGAAACGGGGGAGAUUCAGUGGGAUACGUCUCGGACUCUGGGCUUGCGACGCGGUAUGUCGUUACUACCCGACGAGUUGGCGGAAUUGAUGGCACGGACUAGAGCGUUGCAAGAAGCGCACAAGGCUCAGGGACUUGACAUUCUUAACGAUCCGAGGACUACUGUUCGACGAGCAAGAAUGCCUUUCAUGUUCACUCGUCUAUUGAAUGUAACUAUUCUGCUGUGCUGGGCGGCAGCAGUCGUGGUCUUGGCCAUCAACACAGUCGAUCCUGAGCUCAUCGCUGAUGGUUUGUUGGAUAUACCCAUCGCGGCUAUUCCUGUUGACAAUCACACUGAUGACCACCAUAGGCUUCUUGCUAGGCGGGAAGGAUGGUCUUUGGUGAGGCUGGAAACGGGAGUUAAUUCUGUGGCGCGUGACGGAAAUGUGAUAUAUGUGGCGACACUAUUCUCGGCGUACAUGCUCAAUAAAACCACACUUAACGAGAUCGAUUGUGGUACUUCUAGAGUGACGGUCAUCGAUGACCUCCUGGUGUUGAACGGCACUCUGUAUGCUCUCACUGGGGCCUGGCUCCUCCCAUGCGCGUCGUCAGCUGUUGCUAUCAACCUGGGCAUGAGACUCUACCGAAUUGCAGCGACUUCUGCUGGCUAUGUUGGGAUCGCAUCGGAUGGUGGCGAAUUGUUAUUCACUCGCUCACUCAACCCGACAUCGUGGAAAGCCUUUGGAAGUGGUGUAUGGGAGCUAUUUAAAUACAACCGUACUAACUACCAAUUCGACUAUGAACUGAACCAGGAUCGAGUUUAUCACACGCAGAAGAUGCGCGUUGAACAGGUUGACCUUUAUCGUGAGGAUGUAAGAGAUCUUUUCGAGUUGACUAUUGGCAAGAUGGAUACGUAUAUCGUGGUUAAUACACUCACAUUGGGCUUCGUCGUUGGCUUUUUCUAUGAAGGCCGAUUACCUGAGGACGGGACUCCAGCAUGGUUGGUGUGGUUGUGGGGUAUGCAUCUGAUAUGUGCUAUAUUCUUCCUAUUGCUAUCGGUAUGGUUUGCUAUUCAUGCUUCUAUUGUGGCCCAGACGUUUAAGGCGCGGGUGCUCACCCAGUGGAUGCGUCUGCCUAUUCCCGGCGAGGACGAGAUCAACCCUAUAGCUGCUCGGUUGCAGGACUAUGAGACCAGCGGUGUGAAAAGAAUGUUUAGGAUACCAGUUGUUGGCUAUUAUAUCCCCGGCAAGAAGUAUACCACUGGGGUUGAGGCUAAGGAGGCAUUUCCCGCCCAGUUGAAUACGGAAGAUCCAGACGCGGCGGAGUAUAACGUAUUUGUUGAGCAUUUCUAUCUAUACAAUAAACUACAAGAGCAUUGGAACGGCUUUGAUGCCUAUGCUAGAGUGUGCAUGGUUCUUGGUGCAAACCAGUUUCUCCAUGUGAUCAGUUACAUGGGUCUCGCCUACUACAUGGUCCAAUACCACUUCUGGGGUACUUGGGUUUUCGUGGUUCUUCCUAUGGCCUUCGCGUUGGCACAUGAGAGGAUGAAUCUACUGCUAAACCCAUGGGAGCAGUUGACGCUAGCUGCUCUACAGAUCAUUGGUCCAUUCCUGGCGGGCCUAUGUGCUAGCUUCACCAUCGGUUACAAUAUGGGGCAGAUCAGUGCCAAUGAGGCUAUCGUCGCUGGCGAGCCGGUGGAUACGAGCUAUGAGACUUACUUGACCGCUGUCAAUUACAUAUCACCGGUAUCGUACAUUAUUCAUAUGCUCUGUAUAGGGUAUUUGAUGUCCAUGGCGGUGGAGCCCGAUGGAUCUUUGCCGACUAAGUUCUCGACGGUUAUCCAAAUUGACGUGCUCGGCCUGAAGAAGGAUGAGGAGGAGGGGGAGGAAGCGAACAAUACGAGUCUUGAAUCAAGGCUGGAUGGAUCUCGGAAGAAGUCUGCUGCUAAGCUCGAGAGGGCGGCCACUGACCUCAUCCCUCAGGCCCCUAUGGUUAAGCAUGCGCAGAGUAUUAGAAAGCUGAAGAGUAGCAGACACAAUAUGGAUUCGUUUGCUAGUGAGGGGUCGCAGAUUUCGCAGGAGGGUGGUGCUAGGAUAACUAGGCAGAAAACUACAUUACCGUUGCAUUAUACGGAGGAGACGCAUGAAAGGAUCACAUACGGUACGGAGGAAGGGGCUAGUGUACCUAGGAGUCUUACCCAAGAUGUUAACGAGUUGGCAAGUGGUCGCCCGAUGGGCUUGCUUGCUGGGGAGGGGGAUAAUAAUGAGACUUUUGCUGAGGCAAAUACGAAGGCGAUGACUUUGCCGUGGAGGAGUUUCAAGGCGGGCGCUGGGGUCAUUACGUUGCUGUGGUUGUGGGGCAUUAUAUAUGCAUUUAUCGUUGCCUCGGGUACUACUACUUGGGGGUGGAAUAAUAAGCUCGGGUUGGUUGUGAAGGAGGAGCCGGGGGAGACUGAUGAGGAUAAGGAGAUGGCUCAUGCUGGUAUGCCUAGGGAUAGUGAGAAAUUACGACAGCUGCAGGGAUUGAACCUGGGUGUUCGGGUUAAGUUUGAUGGUGAGGGGACUAUAUUCAAUCCGGUGAGCCUCACGCUUGGCCCUGACGACAGUCUGUUGUUCGCGGACAUGCACGGUAACAGCUGGAUUGCAUCUUCGCAGGGUGGGCAAGUGGUAGAGGCGAAUACUGGCCUUGUUAGUAAGGAGGUUGCUGUUGAUGGAGACGGCGUGUAUCGGUAUGAUGCUGGGAAAAAGAUCGGUAGACUCCCUGUGCCCUCGAGGGUCGGCAUGAGCAGCGGCUUGGUAGGGGCGUGUGAGGCUGUGGGGAAGGGCGUUAGGGCAGUUACUAAACGGGGGGAUGUACUCUCGUGGGACGCUGCGGGAAAGUGGACUGGCUUGUCGAGAAUUGAAGGGGUUGCAGAUCUUACUCUCCGUGAUUGUGUAUACGAUAAAGAGGGCCAGCUGUUGGUUUUAGGAGCUAGCACUGGACCUGCUGGUGGGGAGGCUGAAGUGUGGACGGUAGCGUGA